AUGCGAGUCAUUGCCUUUGGUUUGUGUUUGCUCGUUGCCGUACAGGCGGCAACGAUCACCCGCCCGGAGGAUAUCGAUUGGUCGACGGUUCGUUCGAUCCGUGAAAAGUCCACCUAUCCUCGUUCAAAUGAAAAUCGCACGCCAUACGAUCCACAUGCCGAUCGGUCCCAGCGUAUCAUCAAUGGUGUAACGGUGGCUCGCGGUGACAUUCCGUAUGCGGCCGCCAUCUUGAUAAGUGAAGAAUUUGCCACCUACUUCUGCGGUGGUGCGCUGAUUUCGGAACACUUUGUCCUUACUGCUGCCACGUGUGUCGAUGGUGAUAGAGAGCUUUCGAUCACGGUUCUACUGGAUGCGGCACAGAUCAACCAAGCUGGAGAAUUCAUCGCAGUAUCGCAGAUUAUAGUGCAUCCAUCGCCUAGCAACAACGACAUCGCUUUGCUCCGAUUGAAUCGAGCGGUACGACUUAAUGACAACAUUCGCCCUGUAACGCUUCCGAAUCGUCGCCAGCGUGGUAUGACCUUCGUUAAUCAGCUCGCUUCGAUCUCCGGCUGGGGCCGCACGGCGUCGAACACUAAUGAGGCGCUUCCUCUGAACAAUCUGCGCCUGGUGCGUAACCACGUGAUGAGCAACUUCAACUGUGGCGUUUCGUUUCCGUUCCAAAUCAACGACCAGCACAUCUGCAUCACCGGCGACAGUGGAAGUGCCUGUGCGGGUGAUGAAGGUGGUCCACUAACCACCGUGGACGUCCUGACCGGGCGUACCUUUUUGAUCGGACUGUACUCGUUCACGUCGUUCCUUGGAUGCGGAAUAGGGCGCCCAUCAGUGCACACACGUAUCACGGAGUAUCUCGAUUGGAUCGAGGCAAACUCCGACGUCGUCAUCAUGGAUAACUGGGACUAG